AUGAGUGAACUUUAAUUAAUUCGUCCACUCUAUCAACAGGGUUCAGUUAUGAAAGAGUUAACGAUUGCAUCUCUUCAAACUGCUAUGAGCUUUCUUCUAGAAUAUCUACCGAAUACUAUUUCAAUUUAUUUGCUAGAAUUCAAAGAAGACUCUGUAUUAGUGGGAGCUUUGGGAUUAGGAAUUCUUACAACUCAAGCAUUUGGAAUGGGAAUUUUAAAUGGUUUAGCUACGGGAUUGGAAACCUUAGUAUCUUAAGCUUAUGGAGCAAAUCAUUAUGAAUUAUGUGCAAAGCUAUAUUAUAGAUCAUUGUUUUUGUGCACAUUGUUUAUGAUUCCUAUUUCACUAUUCUUGAUUUUUUCAACAUAAAUAAUAUCUUUUAUCAAUAAGUACAAGUGCAGGUUUACUUUAGCAAUACAGAAUUAGCAGAAGAAACAGGAAAUUUCAAUAGAUAUAUGAUUUUAGCAGUUUACUUGAAUGCAAUUUUUGUGAAUACAAAAGUAUUUUUAAAUGGUUAAAACAUUUACAAAUAUCAAUUCUACACUUAACUUGUGACAUGCAUUCUAUUUGUUGGCAUAAGCUACUUAUUGAUAGUUAGAUUAGAGUUGGGAAUAGUAGGUUGUGCAUUAAGUUUAACAAGUUUGGAUCUAUUGAAUAACAUAAUCUUAUUUUCGUUUAUUUUUGUAACUAAAUGCAGUUAGGCUACUUUAUAUAAAUUUAAAUUGAUUUACUUAAAAAACACAAUCAAAUUUUUGAAAGAAGCAAUACCAAUAGGUUCUAUAUUAUGGUUAGAGUGGAUAAGCUUUGAUUUUUAUGUAAUUUUAGUUAGUUAUUUAAACACUUCAACAAUAAGUGCUCAUGUAUUAAUGUCUAAUUUUGCAGGAUUUUUAUAUCAAUUUAGUUAUGGCAUUUCUAUAGCAUCUACUACAUUUGUGGGAAAUGAAAUGGGAAGAAAGAAAGUGGAUAUGGCUAAAAAAUAUACAAAAGCUACAUUUUUGAUUGAUGGAAUCUUUUUAUUAAUAAUUUUAGGAUUAUUCUCAAUAUUUGGAAAGACUGUAAUUGAUUAUUUAAGUGAAGAUAAAAUUGUUGUAGAGUAAAUUUAUAAUUCUAUGUAUCUAUUAGUAGCAUUCAUUAUUUUAGAUGGUAAUAUGAAUUAUAUUAAUAAAAGGUUUAUAAGCUAUAAUUUCAGGAUUAGUAAGAGCUAUAGGAAGAGAAGCAAGUGCUUCUAUUACAUUUAUUUUAUGUUAUUUAGUGAUGGGAGAAAUAAUUGGAUAUUUAUUAUGUUAUACUGCUGAGAUUGGACUAAAAGGAGUGUGGAUUGGAAUUGUAAUAGGAGCUAUAGCUUAUGAUAUAAUACAACUUGUGAAUUUAUUAUGGAAAGAUUGGAAUGUUUUAGCUGAGAAUAUUGUUGAUAAAUUAAUGAUGUUGCAUUAAUAAUAGAAUGUAAUACUUUAGGAUGAUGACAUAUGA